AUCAUUUAAUUGGCAGAUAUUUUAAACUUAUUUUUUAUUUGGUUUAUAUCCACAAAAAAUAGCCCUAAAACUAUCAGAAAUGUCUCGACCAAAACAUUUGUCGUCAGGCAAAAUCUUUGAACCACUAAAUGUAGCCGCAGCUUGUCGCGUCUGUUUAGCCAGCUGUCAGUUUCUGCUGGUGCCUUAAGGUUUAUGUUUCCCCCAAUUAUUUACCCAUUUUAAGAACUUCUUAUAAAGGUUUCCUCCGCUAAAAUGCCAAAAGGAGGGAGAAAAGGUGGCCACAAGGGUCGCGUGCGCACGUACACCAGUCCAGAGGAGAUAGACGCUCAGAUGAAGGAGGAAAAAGAAAGGAAAAAGCAUGAACAAGAAGGAGGAGAGGACGAAGGAGCAGCUCAGAAAGACGUGGCAGAAGAGAAACUACCGGGAUCCGACUCAGAUGACAGUGAUGAUGAAGAUUCUCAGAGGAAGAGAGCAGGCGUGGAGGGCUUGAUAGAAAUUGAGAACCCUAARAGAGUGGCUCAGAAGUCCAAGAAGGUGACGCAGAUUGAACUGGAAGAGCCCCGGCAGUUAUCAAGGAGAGAGAGAGAAGAGAUUGAGAAGCAGAAAGCGAAGGAACGCUACAUGAAGAUGCACUUGGCGGGGAAGACGGACCAGGCCAAAGCCGACCUCGCUCGCCUCGCUAUUAUCAGGAAACAGAGAGAGGAGGCAGCAAAAAAGAAAGAAGAGGAGAAAAAAGCAAAAGAAGCGGCGGCGGCAGCAGCGGCAGCAGCUAGAGGUGUAAACUCCCUCUCCCUGAAAUGAUGCAGAGUAUUUAUCAGAAACGUUCUCGCUCCUUCAUGGACUGGCCCAGUACGCGUUUGAAUAAUUUUAAAGGAAGCUCUCAGAGGAGUAUUUGACUUUACUGUCACUUUGAAGAUUUAGGAAAUGGUUGGAACACAGCUCUGUCGCAGAUGUUGGAACAUGGAGUAAAGGCCUCGUCUCCUGCAGGAAGCAAAGCUACAAACAAACGAGUCCAUUGAGCUUCACACACUUGGAAUGAACCCCAUGAUUUUAUCCAUGCUUUACUUAUCAUUGUACAAAUUCCAACUUUGCUAACUGAGCUUUGUCACUUUUUUUUCGAUCUUACAUUGUAUAUAAUUGACUCAUAAAGAAAACAGAUUAAUAUUAUUAUUCAAGUAA